CACGGGUGCCAGACGGCCGGGAGCCUGCGUCCUCCCUGCGCGCAGCCAUCAGCACGGAUCUGUCUCCCUGCUGGGGAGAUUCGGCUCCGACCUCCUCCCUCCCCGGCUAAAGUUGCUCGCCCUGCGAAGCCGAGCGUGCCUUCGUAGCAUCCAUUCCGUUUCCUGGGCUUGCUCAUGAGGACCGAGCGCAUCGCCUGCGCGCCAGCGGAGAUCUCUCUUCGGGGACCUCGCGGGGGGCACUGAUUCCUUUUGUUCGCUUCCCCCGCGUGCAGAAGGGCCCUCCGAGGCGGAGCAGCAUGCAUCGCUUUUCGGGGCUCGCCGCUCGCCCGGGCUACCCCAAGGACAGGCGAGAGGCGGCCGUGCGCUUCGUCGCCUCGCUGGUGGCCGGCAAGGAGCCGCGGCGAGCGCCGCAUCAGCGCCCCGCGGCCCGGCCCCCCCGGCUGCAGGCGGUGCCGGUGCGCCGGAGCAGCGCCGCCAAUGCCUCCGCCGUGCAGGUCAAGGAGAAGCCGGUCCGCGAGAAGAUCCUCACGCUGGAGUCCAUGAACCCGCAGGUGAAGGCGGUGGAGUACGCCGUGCGGGGGCCCAUCGUGCUGAAGGCGGGCGAGAUCGAGAAGGAGCUACGGAAGGGCAUCAAAAAGCCUUUCACGGAGGUCAUCAAAGCCAAUAUUGGUGAUGCUCAUGCCAUGGGACAGCAGCCCAUUACUUUUCUUCGCCAGGUGGUUGCCCUCUGUACCUACCCAAACCUCUUGGACAGCCCAAGCUUCCCAGAAGAUUCUAAGAAGAGAGCGAGACGGAUCCUGCAAGGUUGCGGUGGAAACAGCUUAGGUGCCUACAGCGCCAGCCAAGGAGUGAACUGCAUCCGGGAAGAUGUUGCCGCGUACAUCGAACGGCGAGAUGGAGGGGUUCCCGCGGACCCGGACAACAUCUACCUGACAACGGGGGCGAGCGACGGCAUUGCUACUAUUCUAAAACUCCUGGUGUCCGGAGGGGGAAGAUCUCGAACCGGUGUGAUGAUCCCAAUCCCCCAGUAUCCCUUGUAUUCGGCAGUCAUUUCAGAGCUGGAUGCUGUUCAGAUGAGCUACUACCUUGACGAAGAAAACUGCUGGGCCCUGGACGUGAAUGAGCUUCGCCGGUCCUUGAACGAGGCCAAGGCGUACUGCAGUCCAAAGGUCCUGUGCAUCAUUAAUCCAGGAAAUCCCACAGGUCAGGUUCAAAGCAGAAAAUGCAUUGAAGAUGUGAUACAUUUUGCCUGGGAGGAGAAACUCUUUCUUCUGGCUGAUGAGGUAUAUCAAGACAACAUCUAUUCAAAAAACUGUCAGUUUCAUUCUUUCAAAAAGAUCCUUUACGAGAUGGGACCAGAUUACUAUAACAAUGUGGAACUUGCGUCUUUUCACUCCACCUCCAAAGGAUACAUGGGCGAGUGUGGUUACAGAGGGGGCUACAUGGAGGUGAUUAACUUGCAUCCAGACAUUAAAGGGCAACUUGUGAAGCUCCUGUCGGUCCGUCUGUGUCCGCCAGUCUCGGGCCAAGCAGCUAUGGACAUUGUAGUGAACCCGCCAGUACCUGGGGAGGAAUCGUAUGCACAGUUCAUCAAGGAAAAGGAGUCCGUCUUGAGCAACCUUGCCAAAAAAGCCAAACUGGCAGAAGACACGUUCAACCAGGUUCCAGGGAUGCACUGCAACCCCCUUCAAGGAGCCAUGUAUGCUUUUCCACAGAUCUUUAUCCCUUCCAAGGCCAUUGAGACGGCAAAGGCUCAUAAAAUGGCUCCUGACAUGUUCUACUGUAUGAAACUUCUGGAGGAAACAGGGAUUUGUGUCGUUCCUGGAAGUGGGUUUGGCCAAAGAGAAGGAACUUACCACUUUCGGAUGACCAUUCUCCCUCCAGUAGAGAAGCUGAAGAUCUUGCUGGAAAAAGUGAAAGACUUCCACAUAAAAUUUCUGAAAGAAUAUUCUUAAACCAAACAAAGACUGUGUUUCUCUUUCUCCCUUUCUGGAGUCAAUCUGGAAAGCCAGACAAAGCUGUGAAAGAAAAAAUGAUUUUUAAAAAUCUCCUUUAAUCACAUCCACAGUGGAAUAGCUAAAGACCCAGCUGUAAAACUGAGUUCAUCUGGCUCAAGCAUCUACUGUGGACUAUCACACGCUGUUUUGAUUUUAUGGAAAGAAAUGGAAAUAAGGGCAGGAAUUGGGUGUGGGGGGAGGAUGAUUUUGUGCCUUGAUCCAAACUUGCAUUCUCGGCAGGCUGGCCUGGUGAAGGAAGAAAAGGGAGGCCUUAGUAAGAACAGUUGACUCGGUUACCGCUUGAAAACAGUGAGAUAGCAAAAAUCUACCUUUGUUCUUAAAAUAAUGGAAGCAAAGCUUGCCUUAGCUGGCAGUUUAGUGUCAAUGAGCACCCUUCUAUGGGGUCAAAAACAACAAUACACAUCUAGAAAAAAUCCCUUUUUACCAGAACUGUUUUAAAAACUGCAGGAUUUGGAGGGACUAGAGCAGCAUAGCGUUUGUCCACGUUCUUCUGCAACUCCUGCCUCUUAUAUUUGAUGAGGCUGCACAGAGAUGUUGCUUUUCUGGAUUGCAACUGCUUUUCUGGAUUGCUGCAGAUGUUUAGAUGCAUUAUUUGAGCAUUACACCCAACUAUAGGCCGGGGACAGAUACUGAUGGCCCUCCUGCCCUUCCGGCCUGCUUCCAUCCCGAAGAAUGUGCAUUGUAGCAGAAUGCCAGCCAGCUCCCAGCCUGCAGGCAAGAGGCAUGCGUCAAGAUUUUCCAUUUCAGUAUUAAGAAAAGGCCAAAACGUUGCCCAGGAGAACCAAAUGAGUAUUGCUGGCCCAGCAUGUAGACUGUAGCACCAGAGUCUUUGCAUGGAAAAGAAUAAUGGGAAUCUUUUUGUUUACGAGCACGAGCUUAAAAAAAGCAAGACGAAAACAAGGGGUGCGUAGAAACAAGGGGAAGUACAGAUCCUGUUAGAAUAGUGCAGCCCUAUCUGCAUUUGGCUAGAUCCUGCUUCAGAAAUACUGCGGUCGUUAGACAGAGAAGCGAGCAUUCUUCACUCUCCUCUGAAGGCCAGCUUAGCAGGACCGAAAAUGCUGAUGUUGGAGGAAGCUUGCCAGUAUGUCCGAUGGACUGCCAUUUUGUUUCGCUUUGUUUUUAGCAGAGAGCUGUCCUUCGCUUCAGUAUCCUGGGGGACUGAUGAUGCUUUGCCCUGCCGGGCAAGCUGGCAUCCUUGUCCAAAUUUUGAGCCCCCUUUCAGGACCGCAGCUUUAAUCCAGCUGGAGGUUCUGUGAAAAACAUUCCAUUCCAUUCCAUUCCAUUGCAGUGGGUUAUAUUUCUAGCUUCCAAAAGGCUAGAAAUGGUUUGCCCAGGAUGUUUGCAAUGAGUCUGAAUAAUAAGCAGCUGUAGCAUUUGAUUUGUCGCAGAAGUCAUCACGCAUUUUGGUCUCCUUCGGUAAGUCUAGCUUUGCACUGUAACAUCGUCCCAUUGCGUUGCUCAUUUUGACUUCAGUCGAAACAAAACUGACAAGCACCCCCAACUGCUACUCUGUCCCCCAUUCAUUGCGCUUCGUAGUAAGCCCUUCCGUGUUGGUCCAUCUGGGAGAGGUUACGAUAUGUUGGAAGGACAUUUCUCCGCUGAUCAUAUUUCAGUCUUAUUUAUCAACUUGGCUUAAUGUUUUGCCCAAGUUCCAGAAAGGGGGAGAAGAUUAAAACGGGUGGGUCCAUUGGUUGGAGACUAGAUGCUUGACUAGGACCACAAUCCUGGACACCCUGACAGGGAGUGAAUCCUAGUGAGCUUCCAUUUAACAGCCUGGUGCUCUCCCAGAAUGUUUUGGCCUGCAACACCUGACCUUGGGCCAUGCUGGCUGAAGCUGAUGGGCCCUGACGUCCUAAGCAUCUCACGGAACCAGGCUGGUCAUCACCUUGAAAAAUGCAGAGAGGAAUUUGAAAGAGGCAAAUAGCUGUCUUACUGAUGAAUUCUUAGUAGCCACACAAGCCCAUUGUCCAACACCGGCUCUGAGAACAUCCGGACCAGGGCUGCUUUUUAAUCCUUUUGUCCCCUAACUAUGCCAUCCUGUCGGCCCCACAGGAGGACAGGAGGCCGAAACAGGACGAAGCCUUCUGUCGCCCUGUUCCUGGCAUGGCUUCCUAAGCGCUGAUGGAGCAGAGGGAGGCUAAGCUGUGGUCGGUUUUACUUGCAGAGCAUGUUGGUCGAAAAUUAAUCCCAAAGCGAUUGAGCUUUUCCCUCUGACCUAGAGGCCCACUGCUUAGGAGGGACUGCCAUACCUGAACCUGUAGCAAGAGAACUCUGUGCUCGUGGCAAUUACAAGAUCUUUUAAAAAUAUUUUUGUAAGUGCAGAUUUUUUUCAUGGGUUUUGGGAAGGGGUAGGUGGGUGUGUUUGUGUGGGGGGUAAUAUUAGUAGUCUUAAUGGGUUUUAUAUUUACCUUGUGUUUAUACCCAGUGUUCCUGAAAACAAUGCAAGGUUUACAUGUUUCUAAACAACUCAUUUGCAGGUGUAUUCUUAAGGUUUGAUUCCCCCCACGUGUCUUUUAAAAAGAGGGACAGCAAUCCUAAUAGUUUAUUUCUAAAAUCAAGGAUACUGACCUGCCUUCCACUGCAUUUUCUAAACGAUCUUCUUAUGGUGCCUUUUGAUUUUUGGUACUGCAAGAGAGAAUGUAUGGUUUUUUCCUGCACCUUGGAGAAUGACGUGUCAAUUCAGUUGUAAUAGUGUUGAUCUGUCAUGUCUGUAUGUUCUACAGUGAGAUAAAGCUUAACUUGAUUGUGCUGGAAACCUGUCACGGAGUUGAGCUCAGUGGAUAAUAUUUCCCAAAAAAGGGUUUGGGGAUUGCAGCCGAAGAAACAGGAGAAUUGCUACACUGAUGUUCUUCUCAUUUUUAUUUGUCCUUAAAAUAAUGGGCAACUAUUAAACACUCUGACGCAUGCUCGUAGGUUUCUUUCCUACAGGUGCUCCUCAGAUAACUUUUUAAAUGUACCUACAACUUCAAGAACUAAAUAAAAACUAUUGAAAAGCAA